AUGGAGGUCGCCAACAAUUCAUUUACCAAGCUCCCGGACGACAUCGUUUGCGAAAUCCUCAAGAGGCUUCCUGUUAAACCCCUUUCGAAAUUCAAGUGCGUUUGCAGAUCAUGGCUGUCCUUGAUCUCCAGCCGACGAUUCAUCAAAACCCACCUCAUGAAUUCAAUAAAAGACCCAAAUUCCACUCACCACAGGAUUAUCCUGCACUCGCGUGGCCGUUUCAAGCACAUUUCAGCCCGAUCCCUGUUGUCCGAGUCCGUUAUUGAUUGCCUUGACGUCGAUUUCUCGAUUCAUCAUUCACCGAGUAACGUAAUCUGGGUCGUGGGCUCUUGCGAUGGUCUGCUUUGUCUCGCCAUAAACAAAAAAGACUUGAUUUUGUGGAACCCAACCAUGGGAGUUUCCAAACAACUCCCCGAUUUCGGUGUGGAAAUAAUCUAUCGCAGUUAUUUUGCCUAUGGGUUUGGUUAUGACAAGUCAAACGACGAUUACAAGGUAGUCGGCUUUUUCAAAGGUAGUUGGGAUUUAUCUGAGGUGGUAGCGAAAGUCUACAGUAUGAAGACCAAUAAAUGGAAAGCUAUCGAGGGUUUUAAGGGUCGUUGGCUGAUGGAUGAUCCGGCCACCUUUGCUGAUGGGAAACUUUAUUGGAUUGCGAAUUCUGAUCCGGAGGAAUGUGGAUGGAACAUUGUUUUUCUUGAUUUGUCAACUGAGGAGUAUGGAGUUUUGGAGAUGCCGAGUUAUGUGAAAAGUGGGUUUUAUUCGAGGCUGGGGGUUUCUGAAGGGAGGCUUUUCGUGAUGUGCAGCCACACGAAUCGUGCAGAUGUUUGGAUUAUGGAUGAUUAUGUGAAUGGAAAUCUGAAGUGGGUGAAUGUGGUUACAAUACCAUAUGUUGAUGAUCUUUUGAGGUAUCACUAUAAUAAGGUGUUGUUCGUGCUCGAGAAUGGGGAAGUCAUACUUAUUUGUGGUUCGAAGCUCGUGGUUUUUGAUUCAAAGGAUUGCUCUUUCAGGUACCCAGAGAUUAGAAAUUGGAGCGUAAUUUUUGCGGCCAGCAAUUAUUUUGAAAGUCUAGUUUCUCCAUUAGGCAAUGCCAAGCUCGUGAACGGGGACUCGUCUCCAAACUGUGUCAGCCCAUUAGAAUCUCCGACAUUGCAUGCUUUUCAUAGUGCCUGUGUCCCUUCUCGGGAAAGCUUCAAUUGCAUUCUCGAAAUUGUAAACCGCGUCAUCAUAACUGUUCCUAUAGUCCCUGAUCACCGAGCCCAUCUCGUUCGGGCCCCUGGCUCAUUCUUCGCCAGGGAAAGCCCAAUCCUCGCCAGGGCAAGCCCGGCCCGUAUAGAAACUUCUACUAUAGUCGCCAACAAUUCAGUUACCAAGCUCCCGGACGACAUCGUUUGCGAAAUCCUCAAGAGGCUUCCUGUUAAAUCCCUUUGGAAAUUCAAGUGCGUUUGCAGAUCAUGGCUGUCCUUGAUCUCCAGCCGACGAUUCAUCAAAACCCACCUCAUGAAUUCAAGAAAAGACCCAACUCUCACCCACCACAGGAUUAUCCUGCAGUCGCAUGACAGUUUCAAGCACAUCUCCGCUCGAUCCAUGUUGUCCGAGCCCGUUAUUGAUCCCCUUGACGUUGAUUUCUUGAUUCAUCAGAGUAACCUAAUCCAGGUCGUAGGCUCUUGUGAUGGCCUGCUUUGUCUCGCCAACCAAGAAGGCUUGAUUCUGUGGAACCCAACCAUGGGAGUUUCCAAACAACUCCCCGAUUCAAACGACGAUUACAAGGUGGUCGUCUUUUUCAGAGGUAGUUGGGAUUUAUCUGACGUGGUAGCGAAAGUCUACAGUUUGAAGACCAAUAGAUGGAAAGCUGUCGAGGGCUUUAAAGGUCGUUGGGUUAUGGAUGAUCCGGCCACUUUCGCUGAUGGGAAACUUUAUUGGAUUGCGAAUCCAUAUGUGGAUAAGGAACAUGGACGGAACAUUGGUUUUCUUGAUUUGUCAACUGAGGAGCAUGAAGUUUUGGAGCUGCCGAGUUAUGUGAAAAGUAGGUUUUAUACUAAGUUGGGAGUACUUGAAGGGCGGAUUUUCGUGAUGUGCAAUCACAUCAAUCGGGCAGAUGUUUGGAUUAUGGAUGAUGGUGUGGAUGGAAAUGGGACGUGGAACUAUAUAAAGGUGUUGUUCGUGCUCGAGAAUGGGGAAGUCAUGCUUCUCUGUGGUUUUAAGCUCGUGGUUUUUGAUGCAAAGGAUUGCUCUUUCAGGUACCCAGAGAUUAGAAAUUGGAACGUACUUGUUGAGGCCAGCAGUUAUUUUGAAAGUUUAGUUUCUCCAUUAGGCAAUGAGCGAAACAAUAGCCAGACAGUUACUCGUCAUAUUCGUCAGCUUCUCAGCCACACUCGUGAACGGGGACUCGUCUCCAAGCUGUGCCAGCUCAUCAUUACAAUCCCCGACAUUGGUUAUAACGGCACUCAGCAUGCUUUUCAUAGUGCCAGUGUCCCUUCUCGGGAAAGCUUCAAUUGCGCUCUCGAAAUUGUAAACUGCGUCAUCAUAACUGUCCCUACAGUCCCUGACCGCCGUGCCCAUCUCGUUCGGGCUCCCUGGCCCAUUCUUCGCCAGGGAAAGCCCAAUCCUCGCCAGGGCAAGCCCGGCCCGUAUAGAAACUUCUACUACAGUGGGGACAUCACAGUUGUCCCCGUGCAGGCGUAG